AAUUUUCACAUUACGAUGUUGUCGCGCGGGACAUUGCACCCAUUAUUUCCAUGUUCUAUAAAUACGCGCGUGUGUGGAACGUUACAGGAUUACAUAAAGCUGUAUGAGCCCCUGUCAGCGCUACCGGAUGGUUCCCAUAGAAAAACCCAGAGAAGCGUCUGCAGUUCGGUUAACCAGAUAUUGAUCAACAACAGUGAGUCUGCAGACCAACAAAGACAAUAUGGACGCUACAACAGGAGCACAAACAUGGUUAUUGAUUUAGCCGAGCUGCUGAUUCUUGUUAAGAUGUGUGAUCAGAAAAAUUGUGGUGACCAAGGUGAGAUGUUAAACACUGAUGAUGUGGACGAGCUGUCAGCCAGUGAUGAAUCUGAGCCUGAAGAACAACCCAGCAGUGCUCCCUUUGACCCAGAACUGGAUGAUGAUGAUGAUGAUGAUGAUUAUGAUUAUGGUGGAGAGGCUGAGAUCUCUGCUCUAGCUGCUGGACACCAAGCUAAGAGUUCCUUCAGUCUGAGAGGAGGGAGCUCAGCUUUCUCAAACCGUAGCCACAGCAUCUUUGAAUGCUUGGACAGUGUUGCCCGGCCAACCGCCUCCUCUCUGAGCCAGGAUAACGUUACUGACGGAGUAUUUGCUCGGCCUCUGCCUCCACAUCCCAGCAGAAAGACAAGUCAGCCUCUGUCCAACUGCCCCACACCGGCAAAGAAAAAAGGAGUUCCGGACUACCUGGUGCACCCUGAACGCUGGACCCGCUACAGUCUGGAAGAAGUGACAAUGACCUGCGACAAGGGCAACAGAGGGGCAGCUCACAACUUCCUCUCCAGUCUGCAGCAGAGGAAAGAGCUGCAGGAGAGCAGGAGUGAUUCCUCCUGUGACAUCCAGCAGAAGAUUAUCUUCUCCAGACCCAGCGGGCUGCUGACUGAACAACCUGCUGAACAGCUGUCAGCUUUUGGAGGCAAAGAGGAGACACACCUUAGUCAUCUGGAGGAGGACGACGAGGAUGAGGAGGGCACGGAGAAAGCCAGAAACCAGAGUGUAGAAAAAGCUGAGGAAAGGGCGAGAGAUGAAGAAAAAGACAUGAGGGGAGUUUUGGAUCGACCAGAGAAGAAGAAACCGGUGCAGAAAGAAAAAGAGGAGGAGGAGGAAGAGGCCAACCACGCCUUUACCUCCUUCAGGAAGACCAAGCGUAAGAACUACAGGAUAAGCUCAGGGCGAGAUGAUAACUGACCACGACGCAGCUCUUUGCCGCCUCAUCACUGUGUCAAAAUAGUACAAACCGCAGAUGUAAAAAACAUGUUAUGUAAAAAACAUUGUUGUCCAUUUAAAUGUGCUGACUUUACUGUACUUAGUCCAAAGCCGAGCACAGCGCAAGCGGGAGGAUUUUGGAUUUAGCCCAGAGCAGAUUUUUAAAAUGACAUAAAGAUAUGAUAGAGAUAUGGUGGACUUUUUGCUGGAGAAGCUCCUGGCAUUAAGGGAAGGUGGGCUCCGUUCAUCUAAUAAAUACAAUGCAGCUUUUUUCCUUUUUUGGAGCGAGUGGUUGAGCGAUUUGAGUAAAGAGAGGUGAAAUCUGAGUGGAGCGUAGAGCAAUACUGAGCAAAGUGGCUGGGAGCGGCUUUGAGCGAGGGAGCAGAGAACAGCUCUGCGAGCGAGGAGUGGAAAUUCUCACUGCUCCAAUUAUGAAAUUCUCACUGCUCCAAAUACUCAACCAAACCUCAAACUGAUAAAGAGCAACUUAACAGCAGGCCCAGAAGCAGCGUUUUGCUGACUUCUGUCCCACACCAACUUCACCGAUGGUUAUGGUUGGAAAUGUGUUCUGCUGCACCUGUAACAACACCAAAUAAUGAACUAUAGAAUAAACUGUUAGUUUAUCUGUUCUUUUGUUAGCAUGCCAGCUAACUAGCUAACCCCACAGUGAAGUAAGCUAGUUUUCAUUUCAGGAGGUAACAUCAACAGCUAAAAGUCAGCUAAAAGUGAGAAGCUGCUUCUGGGAAAUCUAAGACCCGUUAUUUGAAAAUGACUAUGAAUUGUGAUGGUAAAUCUAUUGCUUUUAUUAUGUAAAUGUGUUGAAAAUGCAAGAUUGACAGUCUAGCAACAAUAAGUAAGGGGGGGCAAGGCUGAGUAAUUAUCAGUUAAAUCCAAAUCGGCCUGAAAGACAAACGUGAAAACACUUUCUUUAAAAAAAAAAAAAAAAAAAAAAAAGAAUCAACAUGAGGGCAGUGAGUGUUAAGUUCUGUUUACACUCAAGGAAUCUAGAAGUUUCUUUGUUUACACUCAGCUGGUCAAACUGGGGAGGGAAAUUAGAACCAGUGUAGGAAUUUAAAACUGGUAGUCUUUAUCCUGAUUUGAUUUACAUUUUUUGUAGCAUGUUCUGUAUUUUGGAAUAGUCUCAAUCUUAAAUAAAAAUGUUGAUUUGUAUUAUUUA